CUCCUCUGGCCCAUGUGGAGUGCACAGAGAUGCCAAGACUAAAGCUCAAAGAGAGAGACACACAGAGAAACAGACAGGCAGAGAGACAUGACCGACAACAGAGAGACUGAGUUGGGAGUAGAGAGAGAAGAAGCCAGACAAAGACCCAAAGAGAGAGGGAGAAAAUACCACAAGAUGCAUAGAAGGAAGUGCAAAGAAAGGAGAAAAGAGAGACAGAGAUAUACUCACAGCAAGGUGCAGAGACAUGGAGACCCUAUAAGAGAUGGAAAUGGAGAGCCACAGAGGGGGAACUGCGGCCACUAAGAGAGACAUGGAGAGAACUAGAAAGAUAGAGACGUGAACACGGACACAGAGACCCAGAGCCAGAAAGAGACAGAAAUGGGGUCAUAGGUGGACAGAAAUGCACAGAGAGACUGUGAGCCCCCACAGACACAAACGCUGAGAGGGGCAGACAUGCAGAGACACCCACAGAAAUGCAGAGACAAAACUACGCGGAGACACAUGCCGAGAAACACACUGAGGAGCUCAGAAAGAGACAGAUGCAGACAGAGCCCAAGACAGACCCAGCAAGGGGCCCCGAGAAAUGCACAGAAACGCAAAGACCGAGACCACCAGAGACAGAGGUACGGAGAGGCGGGGAGGGUGAGGAAGCCUGCUCUCCAGGGCUGGCUUGAACCUAGAACUCAAGGUCAUGGCUUGGCUGGGAAGCGGGAGGGGUAUACCAGAAAAGAUCAGUGUUAGAUGGAGGUGGGGAGGGAGGGUAGGGAGGGAGGGUAGGUUUCACCCUAAUUGACACCCCACCCUCCCCCUCCCCCUCCCCACACCUGCUUCCCGGCUUUAGUGCCUGUUGUCACCAGGAUGGAAUCCUGGCGGCAGACAAAGGGGUGGGGGUGGGGAGGGGGAAACAAAAAGAUGGACAGAGACAGAGGAGGAGACUAAGAAGUAGAGACAGACACACAGAGACACACAGAUGGAGAGCCACAGAGACAACAGAAAUGGGGGUCCAGAAAGAGACCUAGAUAGAAAGAGGGAACAGAGAGAAGAAAACAGGAAACAUUCCUUAUAGCCCAUUUGUCAUUAGUAGGUCCUCCAAGGACCUACUGUGUGCCGGGCAUGGGGACGUCAAAGCACAGGGAGCUAUAAGGGAGGUAGUUGGAGCACCAUGGGAGCCUGGGGUGUGGGGUGGGAGCAGGGGCGGGGCUCCUGGGCCAUGCAGAUGGCGUUGGCAUGGGGUUGGGGAGGGGCCCACGGAGGCUUCUGGACUCUGAGUGUGGAGCCAGGGGCAGCAGGGCUGUCUCUGAACUCCCAGGCUUGUGUUUGAGCAAAGGAAUUCUCUCCCCCUCCCUCUCCCCUCGGGGCGGGCCCGAGCCUCCAGCUAUAAACUCCCCGGAGCUUCAGUGCCCUCAGCAAGGCUCAGCCUCAAGAUUCACAGCACCCCAGACGCAGCCUAGGCCGCACCAGGAUGUCGGACACCGAGGAGCAGGAAUAUGAGGAGGAGCAGCCGGAAGGUGAGUAGGGAGUGGGCCGGCCCUAUGGGAUGGGGACACGCCCAGGAGCUCUUGGGAGGGGAGGCGAGGAGUGUGGCACUUUGGCGGGGAAGGGGCGGCUCAGCCCGAGGGCCCUCGCCCGCCCUCUCCGGGUCUGGAGCGUCUCCCCGCGCCAUCCCUGCACCGCCAGGGGGAACGUGCCCAUCGCAGCCGAGGCCAGAGGGACCCCCGUCCAGCAGAGACUGGAACCCUGGUCUCUGGCCACCGCCCCCAUCCCUCCCCCAGCUCCUAACGCCUUCUCUUGUGUGCCCCCAUCUCCAGAGGAGGCUGCGGAGGAGGAGGAGGAAGCCCCCGAAGAGCCGGAGCCGGUGGCAGAGCCAGAAGAGGAACGCCCCAAACCAAGCCGCCCCGUGGUGCCUCCUUUGAUCCCGCCAAAGAUCCCAGAAGGGGAGCGCGUUGACUUCGAUGACAUCCACCGCAAGCGCAUGGAGAAAGACCUGCUGGAGCUGCAGACACUCAUCGAUGUACAUUUCGAGCAGCGGAAGAAGGAGGAAGAGGAGCUGGUUGCCUUGAAAGAGCGCAUUGAGCGGCGCCGGUCAGAGAGAGCCGAGCAACAGCGCUUCAGAACUGAGAAGGAACGCGAACGUCAGGCUAAGCUGGCGGAGGAGAAGAUGAGGAAGGAAGAGGAAGAGGCCAAGAAGCGGGCAGAGGAUGAUGCCAAGAAAAAGAAGGUGCUGUCCAACAUGGGGGCCCAUUUUGGCGGCUACCUGGUCAAGGCAGAACAGAAGCGUGGUAAGCGGCAGACGGGGCGGGAGAUGAAGGUGCGCAUCCUCUCCGAGCGUAAGAAGCCUCUGGAAAUUGACUACAUGGGGGAGGAACAGCUCCGCCCAAUAUUUCCAUCCUCAAAAUCGCUGCUAGCUCCAGCCCUCACAUGGAUGAUCCAAGCAGCAGAAAGAAGAUGCAAGAGAAGAAAGAGCCACAGAGUCUUUUUUGGAAGCCACACCCAAUGACCUACUUUCGUCUGAGUAGCCACCCCUACCUGCAAGGGAGAUUGGGAAAAGUAGUUUUUCAACUCAGCCUAAUGCACAAGAGUCUAUUUCUAGAAGAAAGGGAAAGGGCUAACAGGUAGGCAAGCAGCCAUCUCUUCCACAGUUUUAUUUCCAUAUUUUCUAGAGAAGGAAACAGGAUUCUAAAGGAAGUCAUGUGACAUAUUCAUAAACCAGAGAAUGGC